UGUUGUUGUGGUUGUGGGAGAACAAGGCUACCCAGGUGAGCCCAGCCAAUCGGGAACAACCGAAGCAGGUCUCAGUGAAAUGCGGUAGAACCUGUAGGGACAGAGAGGGUGAGUUCACUGACAGAUAUAGAAACACACUCACAGAAUCACUGACGUGGAGGGCCACUGUGAAGGACCAGUUCACUUACCGUGAAGGAAAACUAGAGAAAUUUCCUUUAUGUAUUUCCCUAUUCUGGGACCCAUUUCAAUCUUGCUUUUGUAGUGAAGGCCAUGGGAUCUUACACAGACCAGAGGGACCAGUACGUGCUCAAUAGCCCGGAAGGCAGAAAGACUCUGCCUAACUUUAAGGACAUGGAGCUGAGAGAGGAGUGGCAGGAUGAAGAGUUUCCCAGGCCACUUCCAGAAUAUGCUCAUGGCCCGGAGGAUGAGCUGGAUGCUCCUGCUGCAGAGACAGGCAGACCUGUCCCUCCCAGCAGCCUGGCGCUGUCUGGAAGCAAGCCCAGGAAGAGGCGCCUGGCGGCCCCCAGGAUGAUCCUGGGUCUCGACCAGACCGACUCCCUGAUCUCGGAUGAGUUUGCGGCGGCCGCCCUCUCCACCUCCCCCGAGGACGACAUGGAGCUGGACAUAAACCUGGAGGCCCUGGAGACGCCUUCCGACAGCGAGUCCUGCAACUUCCCCGACAGCGCGCACGAACUGGAGUGGGAGGAUGACCUGCCCCGGAUGGACAGCGAGGAGGACAGGAAGGUCAGCACACCUGUUACAGACCAGGUGGAGAUGGACAUGGACCAGGUGGACAAAGAGGGCCGCAGGUGGCGCCGGUUCAGAAUCGCUGGGCAGGAGGUCCGCGUCAACAUGAGUGUGCUGGAGCCCUACCUCCAGGUGCUGUCCCAUGGGGGUUACUAUGGGGAUGGAAUGAAUGCCAUCAUCGUGUUUUCCUCCUGUUAUCUCCCGGAUAGCUCCACUGAGCACUAUGAAUACGUCAUGGAGAAUCUCUUCAGGUACAUUGUGGGGACCCUGGACCUGAUGGUUUCGGAGAACUACGUGAUGGUGUACCUUUGCGGAAUGGCCCCCCGAAGCAAGAUGCCGCCGAUAAAAUGGCUGCGUGAGUGCUACGUGACCGUGGACAGGAGGUUGAGGAAGGAUCUGAAAGGCCUGUUUGUUGUUCACCCUACCUGGUAUAUCAAAGCGCUGAUCACCAUCGUCAAGCCAUUCAUCAGUGUGAAGUUCAGCCGGAAGUUGCGCUUCAUUAACAGCCUGCUGGAGCUUCAGCAGUUCAUCCCGAUGGAGCAUGUCCAGAUCCCUGACUGCAUCCGACAGUUUGACAAGACGAUGAAUAGGUGAAUCGCCCUCAUCAUCUCCCUGUAAUAUAAUGUACAUAAGGACUGGAGAGCUGGGAAGAAGUGUGGGCGAGGCUGGGAAGGCUAGUGCAAGCAUCCAGGCCUACAGUGUGGGGUCACGGUUUCACAGCACCAAGGGCUGCCUUGUACAGUAUAGGGAGGUUGAAUAGUGGCACGAGGGACAGCGUGUGAUGACACAUAUAGUAUAUCCCAGUUAUUUGGUGCAAGGGAGGAGGUCUGUUGAGGUAUUUUUAUAUAAUGAUGCCACUCAAUACCACAGGGUAAUAAAGGCAAACUCUAUGCCCUAUUCGUUGGCGAUAGCCAUGGUUAUCAGUCUGUAUGACGGUGUUGAUUAAGGGUCUCCGCAACACUGCCAGGAAGUUCAGCACUGGCAACACAGAUCUUUUCUACUGCCAGUGUUCUAUUUAAUCUUCCUGCAUCCAGUCAAAUAGGAAUGGAGAUUUCAAUUGAGAGUUUAUUGGAAAGGGAAAGACAUGAACAUUGGGAAAGAAGUUUUGUCAGAACAGGCUCUAGCAGUUCAGCACUUUUCCAGUCCGUCACAGCGAGCUGAUUGAUGUUUCAGAAUGAGCUCAUUCUCGCAGCACCCCACACAUCUCUCGUCACCAAACGCUGCCUGAACAGAACGGACGCCCUCCCUCCCCGUGAGGAGGAGCUACACGACAUCGGCAUUGUUGCGUAACUACAGUGAGAUUGAUGGGUGCGAUAUUGCUAAAAUCAAUGGGAAUGCCUAAUUACUGGUUGGGUGAGCAAUGCGAGCUAUUAUUGGGCAAAUGGACUAUUAUAAGGCAGACUGUCUGUUAUAACAAAAACACUAUUUAUUCAGGCACUAAGUGCAAGUGUCAAGACCACCUUGCCCUUGUGAUUGAAGUUUGUAUUGUCUUCAAAAAUGCAUUGUAUCAUAUUUUGACUUUAAAACAUGUUUUAUAAUGUACAACUUAACAUUAAAUUCAUGGCAUAUCACUAUGUGCUUUUAGGGAGCAGUCUAGAGAACAGUAUGCAAUGAAAUCUUAUUGUAAACCUAGCAGCAAAUGCAGAAGAAACUGUUCAUGUUCUGUCCACUUCUGUAAGCAAAAGCCAUUUUAUUGCUCCUUGUCAGUGCAAAUAUUUAUACAAUGUUAACAGAUGGACAACCUGUACAUUCAGUUAUAACAGACUGAAAAUCCUUGGGGCUGAUUUUCUUAUUAUGUUAAGUUAUGUCUGGUAUUUGAUUUUUUUUUUUUUGAAGAGUACUGUGUACACUGGGAGGGUUUUUAGCACAUACCUGUUUCCACUGAAAGUGAACUGUACCUUUAAUAUGGGGUUGCAGUUGGGUGGGUGGAUUGGUGUUUGGUUUUAGAGAAGGCCUCUGAAUCUCACAGUGGGAACUUUCAGGAAACGUACUUUGACAGGGAAGGGAAAUGAGGUAGCAUUAUUGGGGAAAUAGGGGGGAGUUAUUACUGUUUGGCUUUGACCCGUAAACAGGAACUGAAGAAAUGUUUAAGAUUAUAUCAUUUCCAGUACCCUUUAACCCUUCAUAUGGAACAACCUCAUUCUGUGAACAGCACAAAUCAAGGACAAAAAAUGACAUUGUUGUAUGAACUACACUGAAUUAUGUGUUACUGUAUUUCCAGGCUUUACUAUAAUCAUUUCUUCAGCUAAAACCUAAAUUAUAUGUUAUUACAUAAGGACACAAUUAUAGUGGUUUUGUAAGUGGUAACACUACUUCACCAAAAACCUUUCACUGUUUUGUUCAAACAUGUACUGUAUGUUGUUUAUAAAGCUCGCCAAGUGCUGUUCGUUCA